AUUAAAUUUCCGAACGAAACGCGAAGAACGUAGAAGAUAUGUAAGAAGUUCUAAGAAAAUGAAUAAAUCACGAACGUUGAAGAAAAGUGAAAGUAAUGUAACUGAUAGUACAACAAUGGAACGAACGUGGAUUUAAUUUCGAACGAGAAUAUUAUGAGUACUAGCGAUUGUUCAAAUUUAGUUAACAGUGAUUCAUCGUUGAUAGAAACGAAUAACAGUACGGCUGGAAAAAUUCCAGAUGAAUUAAACAUGAUUAAAAAUAUCUUGGUACCAGUCUAUGAUAAAAGUGGUGUUAUAUCCAACAUGAAAAAGGUCGUGCUGCCCUUCAAGCAAAAAUCCAAUUUAUAUGAAACGUCAAAGGAAGACAGUAAAAUGUUAAUAAUUGAUAAUAUAAUGCAACAGAUGGGAAAUGUGCAAAAAGAGGACACUUCAACGAUAUCGAUCGAAAACAAAUGUAAAAAAUGAUAUCCAUCGAAAUUGCUCCUGGAAAAGUACAAGAGAAGAACCUGUCCCACGACAGCAAAGAAACCCAGAAAGAAAUUCGUCUUACUGUUUAAUAGCGGCCGAUAAGCCGUCAGAAAACGGAUCGACACAAACCACAACAUCAAAUCUCAAGCACACGGAAUCGGAAAAUCCAAAAGAAUCACAGCAACGCAAUUUAUCUACCGACUCGGAAUAUGAUUCUGAAAAUUCACGAAAUGCCAGAAGAAAUUCAAGAAAAUCAAAAAUAAAUGUGCAAACAUCCUGGCGGAAGAGAGAAACCGAAUCCAUCGCUUCAAAGAAGGACGAAGUCGAAGUGGAUCAAGUUUUGGAUAAAAUCAAAAACACGUGUCCCUUCUGUGAAAAGCAUUUCGAUAACGCAAAGAAAGUGGAGAAUCACGUAACGUAUGUACACAGGAAACCAUAUAAAUGCGAUAUGUGCAAAAGGGCGUGUCACACAGCUCGAGCCUUAGAAGAACACAAGAUGAUCCAUCGACCGGAUUACUUCUUCGAAUGCAAUAUUUGCCACGUGAAAUAUAAAAGCGAAGACAGCUUAAAGAGGCAUAAUAUGCGUACUCACAGCGAUUACGAGUCGAAAUACGUGUGUGAACACUGCGGUCGCAGUUACAAGUUGAAGAUUGAUCUGACGCAUCACAUGAAGAGAUCACACGCUUCAGAAUUGCAGAUUUGUCGAUUCUGCGGCAAGGAAGUGAAAAACGUGAAAGGCCACGAAUGGAGGCACCAGAAACGUACGAAGGAAGUGAAAUACGAGCAUACUUGCCACUUGUGUCGCAAAAAGUUUCUUCACAGGAGUAGAUUGGAUAAUCAUUUGAGGCUCCACGAGAAAGGCUUCAAAUGCGAAGAGUGUGGGAAAGAGUAUCGUGGAACUCGUGAAUUAAUGAGUCACAGAAGAUUCAAACAUGGCCAGGCGAAGAUUUUGACCUGUAUCCUGUGUCAGAAAGCGUUUCCUUCGAGCAGUAAUUUUUAUCAACACGUUUUGACGCAUGCUGGAAUUAGGCCUUAUAAAUGUGACGUUUGUGAAGAGGAUUUCACGCAACGUUCUAGCCUAUUGAGACACAGAAGACAUCAUCCUGGACCGCUUCCGCCAUUACACUCGACUCAUCCGCAAAUUGCUGAAUUAGCAAGGAGCUAUCUGCAGAAACUGCAGAAUAACCAGAUCGAUAAAAGUUGCGUUUUGGACGCGAGAUUAUGAUCGAUUUGAAAUCACGUUCUUCGUGAGUGGAGAAUUGUGAUUUUGUAUGUUUGAUGUACUACAGGGAGAAGCGGUUUCUAUAUUUUGGGCAGUAAUUAAAAUUUUUAAUGUUAAUGAUAGAGUUUAUGCCAAGUGGUUGAGAUGGUUGACCAUUUGAGAUUUUUUAUUAAAAUACUAAGUGGCAACUGUGAGAAUGAAAAUUCUGAUUUUUUGUAAUUUUAUGGAGAUCCUAUGGCGUCUAGUAGGUAAUUUUUAAAGAGGAAAAUUGUUCAGUUAUCUGAUACCAUGAUAUAUUAGGUAUCUUAAUCUAUAUGUGAUAUUCUAUAGACUAAUAUAUAUGAUGAUACUCUCUUUUGUAAAAAUAUUACAAAUCAAUUUUAUUAGACGUAUCUUUUCUUUAAAGAAAAGCUGCAAAUUACAAGCUAUACUGUCUUUUUACAACAGGUUUUUACAACAAACUACAACCGUCAUAUAUAUAAAGCAAAUAAUAUUUUUUGAAACGACAGUUUAUCUUAAGAUGUUAUUUUUAUAAAAAUGCUGAAUUCCAUUGUCAAUAGCAAUAUAUGUACAUAUGCAUAACUGUAAUAAGUAGUCGCAUUUAUCAUUUCUACUGAUUACUAAGAUCUGAAGAUAGAUAAAUCAUUUUUGUAUAUUUGUAUAUAUUUAGAUUACUAUCUUUAAAAACAAAAUCGUAACUAUUGUAAAUUUUAUAAUGUCUGAAAUAUAACAAUAACCUAUCCUACAUAAGCUCCAAUUUUUUUAUAUUUUUGUAUUAUUGAAUAGGAAAUAAAAAAUUAUUCAUAGCACCAGACAUUAAAUGAGGUAGCAAAAUUAAAAUUGUUUGUGACUUGACGCAUUAAACAAUUUUUAUACUUACGUUUGACAUUUUAUCUUAUUUUUAAUAUUUUACAUUUGUAAUAAAAAAAUUUUAAUCGUUUUCUACAUAGUAUCGUUGGAAGAGAAAGAUCUGUUAAAUUUGUCAAGAUCAAGUUAUAUUGUCGUACUUAUAAAAUUAUAUUAAACUAAUAUAUAUAUAUAUAUAUAUAUAUAUAUA